AUGCUGCUGACUUGGGAUCGAGAUGGCCCUAACCUCAACCAUGCUGCUAUCAGAGACGAGCUGUACUUCGCCGACAAGCUGGCUUUGCGCAAACACAUUGAGGCGCGGGUCCAAGCUGAUACCUCCCUCGGUUUCACAUACGUUAUGACAGGCGCCCUCUCAGAUUUCCUUCUUGAAUCCAAUGUGUUGGGGUUGAACGAAGACAAAAGAUCGGCAAUUUACUUUGGGAGUCCUGACGCUAGAGUCUCAACAACACAUAGCGACGAUAUUGCGAAAUUCGUCGUUGCGAGUCUCUUACCGCACCACCUCCCCUGCCUCAACGCAAGGCGGCACUUGUGCUUUGCUGGCUCAACACUAUCGAACCUCUCUCUCUUCGAUGCCGUCUCCUACGUCCUUCGUCGUCCCCUUGAUGUGACAUACGACAGCCUCGAUAUAUCGUACGAAAAUGAGUCUCAGCUGAAAGCUGCUGGCGAUAAAUUCCAGCGCAGCUUUCGACGCAUCCUUGGAUGCGGUGGAUUCGAGCUGAAAGAACAAGAAGUAGCUCAGAGUGGGAGGGAAUUCUGGCAUGAGGUCAAGCCGAAGGCCUGGGCACAAGUGGUGUAUGAAUUCUUCACGAGCAAGGAACGAGGAUGGGAGAUGAUCAAAUGA